AUGGAUGACUUCCGACCAUGGCUAGUCAUAGUGCUGCUCCUGAUACCCUGCCUUGUGCAGCUAUCGCGGGUGGGCCGCAGACGUGCACAUUCCCCCCCUGGGCCUCCAACAAUCCCGGUACUGGGGAACUUGCUUCAGAUGCCUAGUCGAGAUAUCCACAAACAGUACCGGGCUUGGGCUGAAGAAUACGGACCAGCCUUUACAUUGAUGCUUGGACCCCAGCCCAUGGUGGUUCUCUCCACCAACGUCGCAGUCAAAGAAGUCUUGGAUAAGCACUCUGCAGUGACCAACGAGAGGGGAGAUCACUAUGUAGGGCAUCGCAUCUUGGGUGGAGGUGAACAUAUGCUUUUAAUGCCCAAUGGUCCUAAAUGGCGUCUGCAGCGAAAGUUGAUGCAGAAGAUGCUCAACGUUUCGGUUUCUCAAAGUUACAUACCAUACACCAUGCUUGAAAAUCAGCAGAUGCUGUUCGAUCUACUCCAAAUGCCCGAUGAUUUCCAAGGCAUCAUCAAACGGGCUUCGCACUCACUAUUUACUUCUAUGACAUAUGGCCGCCGUUGCCCAUCGCAUAAAGACUCCAACAUGAGCCAAUUCAUCGAACUGUUGGAUGAAAUGCUGGAUAUCAUGCAAUCAAGCACUUCUGCAUUAGCUGAUGUCUUUCCCCUGCUUAGGUUCCUGCCCGACUGGAUGUUGCCAAUAAUGACCCAAGCAAAAACACUGCACCGUAAACAGACCACUCUCUAUCUUCGAUUCUGGAACGAGACCAAGGACCUCCUUCGAAAUGGUUACGCCAAGCCCUGCUUUUCAGUAGAUCUGCUGCUUGAGCAGGAGAAAGAAGGGUUCGACGACAAGUUUGGGGCAUAUCUCGCAGGGAAUGCGCUAGAAGCUGGAACGGACACUACUGCAAGUGAAAUGAUUGGCUUCAUCCAGGCGAUGGUGCUCUUUCCCGAGGCGCAGAAGAAAGCACAAGCCGAGCUCGACAGGGUCGUUGGUGACAGGAUGCCAACCAUUGAAGAUAUGGAGAGUCUGGCCUACAUCCGAUGCUGUAUCAAGGAAACUCUUCGUUGGAUGCCCACAGCCGUUAUGGGAGCCGCACCCCAUGCUUGCAAAGAAGAAGUUCCGUUCCAACGAUACAUUAUUCCCAAAGGAGCCUUACUGGUCAACAAUGUCUACACGAUCAACAGGGACCCUAGCCGUUAUGCCAACCCAGAUCAAUACGAACCGGAACGAUAUAUGGGUGAUAACAAGCACGCAUCGGAAUCGGCUCAGAGCGCUAAUGUAGCUGAGAGAGAUCACUUUACUUUCGGUGCAGGUCGACGCCUCUGUGCCGGCAUCCAUGUGGCAGAACAAUCGCUUUUCCUUGGCAUAGCCAGGAUUCUUUGGACUUACAAGAUCACACCAAAGCUCGACCCGGUUACAAAACAGCCACUGCUCCCAGACCAGGAUAAAUACACACAAGGAGUUGUCUGUAUGCCGGAAUCUUUCCAAGCCACGAUUAAAGCCCGAUCGCCAGAACGAGCUAAUAGGAUAGUGAUGGAGUGGACGGAGGCGCAGAAGCAGUUGGACGACAAUUCUCAGUGGAAGGUCUUUGGAGAAGGGCUCCGGUUCACCAAGAUCAGUUAGUUUCCACGAGCAUAUGGAUGAAUCGGGCAGGCAACAUUUAUGGUUGCGAAGGUUGAUAUUAAAGCUGGUGUCUUCUUACAGUCAACAAGCUGACACCUCGAUUUAUCUCCAAGUCCUGGGUGCGAGUCUAUUCGAGUCGGCUCUGCUCUCUUGGUGGAGUUAUAGGGACGACCGACCGCUCGCGCAAAUACGAAUACAUCGCUAGGCCUGGGAUCGGCAAGAUGAGGUCCUGCU